AAAUCCCUGUGUUGCAGUGGGAGACAUUUGUUUGACCUUCCCUUUCUUUUCUCUCCCGCUCUUCUCCACAUGUGUCUCGGGUUUCCCUUGUUUUCUUCUUAGACGUAUUUGCUGUGCGUGGACGGUGGCUGCAUUGAUGCAAAAUGGGUUGUGGCAAUUCCUCAGCCACCAGCACCUCAGGAGGGGGGCCAGCAGAAGCCUCCAAAGAUGUGACAGAAGAUCCCUCAGCAGACGAUGAGAAAAGAAGGAACUAUGGCGGCGUUUACGUGGGUCUACCUGCAGACUUAAGCACCGUGGCUGCCAGUCAAUCUAAGUCCACUCGUAAAGACUAGCAGUGAUUGAAGAGAACACAACACAGGAUCCUGUGUCCUCAUUUACCCAGAGACAAUCCCAUCACUUUAUACAGUCUCAGGCUUUCUCUCUCUUUGAGCUGGGAUGUGGAUGACUUACCAGGCCUCUAUGGGGACCCCAUUAUGGAGUCACAUGUGGCACGGUGGAGCAGUGGUGCUGUGUGGAGGUCAAAAGAUGGCACGCAUCAUCACCCUUAACUUUGCAAAAAUAAAAAAGAAGACUGGCAUCAGAGCAGACAAGCAGCCAUUCUGGGACUGGCAGCACUGUGCUUUGUGACAGCCAUCAUGGCUUCUUGGUCACAGCGCCGGGAUGUCCUCUGUCUUUGUCAAGAGGAGACAGCGGCCCAAGCCAGCUCUGUAACUAACUGUCUUGGACUUUCGCACACUCCCAGCAGCCCCCUGCAAUAAUAAUCACUUCUCAGUUGUUUCUCUGAGACGUCAUCAAUGAUUCAUUGUGUGGCUGAGACAGACAGCCAGAGAGAGAUCCUAGAGUUUCACACAAAGUAGCCAGUUUUUUUUCUCUUCUUUAAUGGGUGUCUUCAGAUGUUUCCGGAUGUGUAAACCAGCUUCAUUGGUGUUGCUCAUGAAAUUGUGCCCUAGAAUUGUUAUGUAACGUCACCAUAUGACUCAUGACUGUCACUCACAUGUGCUCUUUCUGCAGCUCUUUGUUUGUUUCCCACUGAAGAGCUUGGAUUCUGGGGCUUCUGGGUAAAUCACACAGCUCCAGUAAUCUUAUCUUAUUUAUCAGAGGCAAUUGUUUAUAUCUCACAACACAACAGGGAUAAAAUAUGAUAUUCAGUUGCCAAAAAUGUAAACUUAGGAAAUACCAAGAAUGGAAGAAGCAUCCUCCCUUCUUUUAAAAAAAAAAAAAUCAUAGCACUAGCAGAACGUGUCUGUUUUAUACAUCAGUGUGAAUGGUGUUCUUCUCUUUGUUCUGAAUUAAGACUACAGCUAGGGCUAUUUUUUGUCAACAAACCCCAUGAAAAUACUGGAUUUAAGAGUGACCUUGCCUAUAAGAUGCUACCUAUCCACUUUGCUGGUUUACAUCCUCAGAAGAGCGUUAUCGCAGUGGUAGCAGCCUACAGCCAUGGUAAGUAGUGGGCAGCUAUUUACAGUAAGCCCAGUUCAGAUCAAGGAUUUGCAAUGCAAUGAAAAUGUUUCGGGACCUUUCAGGGGACAGUUGCAGCUAUGAGCUGAGCUGUUGCGUCUUGAAUCAGACCCCCUGGCGGUGUUUCUGGCCAUUCAGUUUAUCAACUCACCAACAGCUGAAUGUAAGGCAUGCCUCGUGUUUCAACAGCCCAAAAAGAUCAUGCCAUCAUACAUCAGUAUGCUUAUCAACGGUUUUGGGGAAUCCUUUGGGAGGUACUGUUGAGUACUGGGUUUGCUACCAUCAGCCUUCUUGACCUUCUAUUUGACAAACAUACACUUUAUUAACAAAAGUAUUCAAUUGACAGUUACACCAACAGGGACAGUGAUGACAUUUUAUUCAAAUACAUGUGCUUUAAUAUGGAAUUUGCCACCUGUUGCAGACAUACCAGCCUCCACUCUUCUUCAAAUGCUUUCAUGAGAUUUAUGA